AUGUUUCUUUGGCCUUUUGCAUUUUGCAUUUUGCAGGCUGCGCAUGGAGAUCACAGUGUUAAUGGCUACUGUCCUUCCAUGCGCAGCCUGCAAAAAUGCAAACAGAGAAAUGUGUACUCACUCAGAAUACUAAGAGAUUCAACCAGAGCUUUUCUUGGCCUUCUAUCGUUUAUUUGUGUAAAGUACUUUCAAGUUAAUAUAGAAAUCUAUGUAGUUAGGGUUAGUAGCGACCACCAGAGAAUAAUUGCAGAACUGGUGAUUAUGGUCUGGCAAUUCCUUGUAUUCUUGAUCUACUGUUGGAUUGUAGAUGGGGUGUAUUCUGGUGGUGACAAUGCAAUUAGAGUUUUUUAUGGUGAUAGUGGCUACUUCGUUGGAGGAUUUUCAUGUGAGAUGUGGAGUCUUUUUCUUUACCAUGCUUAGGGAAAGGAUCAUUAUAUAUUUUAAGGUGCGCAUUAGAUAUGUUUGAAAUAUAUCCUUCUAUUUCAAUGUCUC